AUGGCAAUCUUUAUAACGCUAAUUGUAAUUCUUUUUAUGGGUGUACCAAUAUUUUCGGAGCCUGCACUUAGUUCCUUAACAGUGGAAGCUUUGAAACAAUCCAACACAGCAAACAUUUUUAUAUCACCUUUGCUGCUGGAACAAGGAUUAAUGCAACUUUAUAUGGGAGCUGCAGAUGAAACCGCAGCAGAGUUGAGAAAAGUGCUACAAUUGGAUGCUACAGAAGAAGCUACAAAAUGGCAGCGCAGUAAAAAUUUCGAUGCACUGCCAAAUGAAAGUUUUUAUAAAGCCAAUCGUCUAUAUGUUGCAAAUGAAGUGAAUAUAUUAAACAACUAUAAAGAAAUUACAAACGAAACAGUGGAAAAUGUUAACUUUAGCUAUGCAGAUACAACAACAAUAAUAAAUAAAUGGGCGAGUACAGCGACUAAAGCUAAAGUAAGCAAACUAUUAAAUGAAACAAAAGCUGACACCAAAUUGCUGCUGCUAAGUGCGAUCUAUUUCAAAGGAUUAUGGGCGCAGCCGUUUAAAAAAAAUGAUACAUAUGCUGAACACUUUUUUCCAAUAAAUGAAAUAGGAGAUUAUUAUGCAAUUACAACGCCUAUGAUGAGCAUAAGCGCACAAUUUGCUAUGCGAAAAAUUCCGAAAAUGAAUGCGCGCAGUUUAGAAAUUCCUUAUGCAAAUUCAAAUGCUUCAAUGUUGAUUAUAUUGCCAAAUGAAAUGCUGGGCAUAAGUGAAAUAAUUGAACAGCUGCAUACAUUGAAAAUGCACGAAGUACUGCCAAAUGGGCCCACUAAAUUAGUUAAACUAUAUUUGCCACGAUUUGCGCUGGAUGUGCAAACAGAGCUGCGACCAGUGCUUAAACAAUUGGGAGUUAAGCAAUUGUUUACUAAUGCACAAUUAAAUAAAAUGACCGAUUUUAAAGGAAAUUUAUUUCUCUCAAGUGUUUUUCAACGCGCGCUCAUUGAAGUUGAAGAAGCGGGAGCUGCAACAAUUGCUGCCAAAACUGCUGCAGCUAGUGAAGAAACAGUUAACGAAACGGAUUCAGGCCCAACAGCAUUUUAUGUCAAUCGUCCAUUUGUAUUUUUUAUCAAAGACAAUUCUAAUAUUUUGUUUGCUGGUCGUGUUAAUAUUCCUUAUAUGGCAUUAAACGAUACGCAAGUAUACAAAGCUAACUAAAUAUUUAAAUAUUUGCAGCUCAAGUUCAAGUGAAAGUUG